UACACAGAGUUCGUAUGGCCACAUCCUGUCUCCAUCAUCAGAUCAGCUCGAUGGUACCAUAAUAUUGCAUUGUCACCCGACUUACAUAUGUAGGUAUGCAAAUUUUCAGCUUCAUCGGAAACCGGGAAAUGGGUCAAAUUUAACUUGCAAGAUUUGACCCGUAAGCGCAUAAUAAUAGGACAAUAAAGCUUGUAAUAGGCCCUUGAGGCAUUGUACCAAGGAUGCUGGCGGCAUUCCCUCGUUUUAUCGUAAUACUGAUACGUUGUGCGAGGAAGCCGCCAGCUCUUCGGUCACCAGUUACGUCAACCAGACGUUUCGCAAUUUCUGUCUUAAUAUGGAAGGUAGAGUUAAGGAACGCAAUCUCCAUAGGCAGAACUUAUGCAAAAGUGUCCAGUGGUCAGCUAUAAUUAAUAGUUCCAAAUCUCUCCAAAGUAGCGCUAGAGUAGCUAAGAACCUAGGCGUUACUGACGGAGUAAAGUGCGCUCGCUGUCUAUGAUUUGAUUUUUUUUCAAGUAUUCUAGGUAUUGUAGCGCCACCUAUUUAAAGUUUUUUGAUGACACUUUUUGGUACAUGGAGAUUUCGUUCCUUAUCUCCACCUUCCGUACAUCAAAAUAUAUUUGAUGGAGGCCAUAUUUAAAAGAAGAAGAACUAUUACCUAACCUGUCCCAACCUUCAUGUAAUUUUUUCUUCUUCUAAACUGUUCAAAAUACUGACACAUUCUUCUAAAAGUGACACGACAAAAACACAAUGCAACGAUGUCACACCAAUCCAUCCAACUAACAAAAACCCACAAAUUUCCAUAGAAAAUGCAUUAAAAUCCAUACAACCCUCCAAAUUACAUGAAACAGUGAAACUUAGAAAACCUGAUAUGCUGUUCUCAUAAGCAGAAGAAAUAUAACAUCGGAAUAAAGAUAACCCAAUGGAGAAGGAUGAUGAUGACAACGACGAGACUGCAGGCAAGGCCCGCUUCCCCGUCCUCCCCUCCCUAAUCUCCCUCCAGCAGAUGAGGAACCGGCUCAAUACCGCCCAGAGCGGCAGAAGGCUGAUGCAGUGGAGCGCCUUGGCUACUGGCGCCGAGUUGAGAAGGAUCGCUAAAGAGUUAGGCAUAGUGUACGUGUCGUUCACCGAGCAGGUUCGAGACGCGUUCAUAAUACUCGCCAGGUGUCGCUACUUCUACCCGAACCUUAACAAGAUGGUGCUCGAGAAUUUUCCGAAAAAAGCUUGCGUGACUGUUGGCAGGAACACUAAGAGUAUAGCUGGCUGCAGAAUAGCUACUUACGGGAUCGAAGAUAACUGCCCCGACUCCUACCCCUUCCUCGGCAUCGACAAGGGCGGCGAGGUAAUCGCCGAGGCCAAGCAAACCUGGCACGAACUCCUGCGCAAGAUGAUCUUCAUCGAACAGCUGCGGUCCAACUUUAUGAGUCUGGACCUGUCCCAUGAUCAGACUAACAAGAAAGCAAAAGUUUUGGGUAAAAUUAUCAUACCCAGGACAAUGGUUACGAUACGAUACAUUCUGUCAGAAUUGGAAGAGUUGGAGAGAGAAGAAUUUUUCAGACUAAAAAAAGUGUUGGAAGUGAAAUAUAGACUUAAAAAGAAAGCCAAAGCUAGAGCUAAAGAUGCGGAGAAAAAGGAAAUGGAAGAGAAAGAAUAUCCACGAGUUGGGAAAGCGUCAUUGAAAGCAACUGCUUGUGUAGCCUGUGGAGGCCCCUUCCAUCCAGGUCAACCACUGACUGACCAAGCGGCUAUCUCAGAGAUUAAAGACAAUAUUGAUAAGCUACUAUCUGCAACGGAAAACUAUGAAAAGACGGUUUCACAGGGAGAAGAUUUAAAUGACUUCAAACGAACCGCAAAAGAAUUGAAAAACAUAUUACGCACACCACCGUCGAGUAUACCUGAUGAUGUGGAUGUUGAGAAUUUAUGUGAUCUAUGUAAGGAAAUAUAUUAUGAACAAUUGCCGAAAUGCGUAACUUGCGAUGAACCUAUAAUUCCAACUAAAAGUUUUGAAAAGACGGUUUCACAAGGAGACACUUUAAUACAUUUCAAACAAACAACAGCCAUAUUGAAAAACAAAUUACGCAAACAACCUGCAAGUAUACCUGACAAUGUUAAUAUUGAGGAUUUAUGCGAUUUGUGUAAAGAUGUGUAUUAUCGACAACAGAGAUGCACACUUUGCGGUGGACCUUUAGAUAGGACGGAUGACACUCUAAGAGUCGCAGCUAAAGAGAGCAGGAGACUGUUACUAGAACAACUUGAAACGUUACUUACUACUAUAAAGCAAUACGAGAGCGAAGGCCGGCAAGGUGAUGAACUAAAAGAAUUUAAAGAAAACGCCGCUGAUUUAAAGAAAAAACUCGAAGGGUCACCAAUGGAUAUGGACAAAUUAUGCUCAGACUGCAUAGAACGAAUGGCCAAACCCGAACGUCCUUUACCCAAGAUACCUAGUACAUGCGCAGUUUGCCAUGGACCUAUAACUGGAAUGGAUGAAAAGCUAAGGGUCGCAACUAAAGAAAGUAGGAGACAGUUACUGGAGCAACUUGAAGCAUUACUUGGUGUUACAAAACAAUACGAAAGCGAAGGUCGGGAAGGUAAUGAACUCAAAGAAUUUAAACAAACUGCUGCUGAAUUAAAGAAAAAACUUCAAGGACCACCUAUACCUCAUGACGUGGAUAUAACCGCACUAUGCCCAGAUUGUAAAGAUCGAAUGAGCGAUCUCGGGUAUCCUAUGACUAAGGUACCUAUCACACCAGGGUCUGUUUCUAUAAAAGCUUCUAAGGUUUCAAUAAAAUCACCACCCAAAUCAGGCAGCAAAGCUGCUUUUUCAACAGGCACCAGCAUGGCAAGUAGUGAAAUGUCUUCAGAUUUACAACUAGGCGUAUUUGAAACUGAGGAAAUAACCGAAAUUAUACAAGUGAAAAACCCCGAUGGCACUGUCUCUGAGAAACGUAGGGUUAUUACGAUAAAGAGGAAGCCUAAAGAUGACGACAAAGCGAGUGGUUCUGGAACUUCCAGUUUCAAAGACAGAAAAGUAGGACUUGUAUCUGUAAUUCAUGAUAGGAAAGGGUUGACGAAAAGAUUGCCAGGUGACGCACAGUCAGAGUAUGUAAUUAGGCCCUUACCUAUGGUGGAUCCUAUGGUAAAAUCCAGUCUUUCAUCAAGUUGUAGAUUUGAUGAAGUUUUGCAAGGUUUCACCGAGCUCUCUCUAAGGGAUAAUUCAAACGGUUCUGAAAUAGACAACUUCGUUGAGAGAAUCUCGAACGAUUUCUCUAUUACACAUUCUAGAAAAGAAGAUAAGACAGAUGAAAAAGAAGAAAAUGAUAGUUCUAUAGAUUCAGAAAUGCCGGAGAACUAAGCUCUUGUAGUUAAACUACGAAACAAUGAGCAAAACCGGUGCUUUUAAAAUAUUUAAGAGUUAAUUGACAAAGAAAGCUGGCGAUGGUCGAUAUUAAAAAUCUGUAAUCUUGACUACGCCAAUAAACAACAAUUCUAUC